UAUGGUUAAGACCACAAAAGGAAAACAAAAAAUCGACAUGAAAAAGGUCGAAAACGAGGAAGAUCGCAUGAUAACAUUCUCGAAACGUAGAUCGGGAAUCUUCAAAAAAAUCAACGAGCUCGUGACAUCCUGCGACGCUGAAGUCGGAUUCUUGGUGUUCUCUCAGGUAGGAACACCGUUCACCUUUUCGCACCCUUCAAUGGAGGUCGUGGCUAACCGUUUCACAAACCCUAAACGCCAGACCCCUCGAGACAAUGCUCAGAUCGUCGGGGAAGCGUACAGGAAACAGCGGAUCGAGGAGCUGUCCGAAACGUACGAGAAGCUCGCCGAGGAGGUGGAGGAGGAGAAGGAGAAGCAGAAGGCGUUGGAGGAUCUGGUGGAAGAGAAGAAGUUAGAUACGUUCUGGUGGAAGACUCCGAUCGAGGGCAUGAACGAAGAUGACCGAACCCUAGUGCAUGACACUUUCGUGGAAUUGCACGAUGGUUUGUGCGAUUUGCUCGCCGAGCGUUUGCGUUUGGCGUCUGACGAUAGCGCUUGAUUGCUUCUUGUGGGUGGUGGGUGGGAUGGCCUUUUAGGGUUUCGGUUUGGUUCGGUUAUG